CUGAGUUCCCGCUGAGUUCAGUCGUCGUGUGUCAGUGGAGCUGUGAAGAUGUUGCUCUUUAGAAGAAAAUUUCUUUUUCUCAUUUUUCUCUCUUGUAUCACUGUAAAUAGUGUUUUGUGUGGUGAAACAGAUGAUGUGAGUGCUAAAAAUGAAAAAUUGGACAGUCCAAGUGCCGAGGUGGCGGAAGAGAGGGAUUCUGUUCAAUCUGGGGCCCUGGAGCUGGAACAUGAAGUUAUUAAUGAGCAGGCGGAUCAACCGACGUCCGGGGAGCGUUUUGUGGCCAUUCAUGUGGGCACAUUGGGGAUGCGUGAGGAAUUGAGUCCCACUCUUCUUGGGAUAACGCAUCUUGUGCUUACAUUCCUUCCGGCUGAGUAUCAGCUGCUGACCGUCAUAUCGGCGGCUAGGGAAGUUGUAGCUGGGGUCAGGUACAUUUUGGUGGUGAAUGCUGAACGAGUGGAAAAUGGUGAGAGGGUUGUGUGUUCCCUGGAGAUUCUGGAGAAGCCUUGGAUAACGACUGAAUGGGGUGAUAAGUGGAGGAUGCUCGAGGGGACAAAUUGUACGGGAAGUCCGAAUCCUCUGGCACCGGUUAGGGAUCAAUAUCGAAGGGUUAAUCCGGUUUUUGGGGGGGAUAAGCCCAAAGAAUUGACGGGGGAUAGAUUGAGGGAAGUUGAAGAUCAAAUUAUUACAUCAACAACUCCUCGGGAUUUCUAUGAGAUUCAUGAUACCACGACAGAAUUGCCCGUGGCUGAAUUAUCUGAUGAAAUGAAAGCUCUCUUGGAUGCUUACUAUUUGUCCGGGAAAGCGCCUUCCGGAGGCAUUGUCAGGGAAAAUGUAGGUCCCCUGGCGACUGGCGUUAAGCCAGAAAUUGAACCAAAGAUUGUAAAUUGUGAAAGUGAAACCGAAGAAAUUUUUCUUGUGUCCACCGAAGCUGCAGAAGCUUCCUCAACUCCGCUCUCUAAUGAAGUUCCUCAGCAACAAAUGACACCAAUUCCUCAGGAUAUCGAUGAGGAUUUUGGGCAACAGCAACAGAUUCUUGAUCCUUUCUUCACAAUUGACCCAACUCAGGCUAGUGUCCAGGAAGUUGAGCGUCAAAAGAGGGAACUGGGACGAACAGAGAAGGAAGAAAGUCUCUUCCUUCUUAAUCGUGCCCUUGAGCAACUCGAUGCAAUUGAUGAGGAUGCAUCCAAGAAAGUUGCAAUUGAGAUAUUUGCCUUCAAAGAAGCCCAAAUUAGUGACAAUUGCAAAAUAAUAUCAGCCCAUGCCAAAGUAGCCAAUAGUCAGUGCGAUGAAAAUGAUGAAAAUGUGCGAGAAUGUAUGGAAAAUGUUCAUGCAGAAACGGCAAAAUUGUGUGCGAUUGAGGCUUCCAUUUGCGAUGGAAAAUCCGUAAAACUAAAAAAAAGUCAGUGUAAGCCUCUUCCGGACAAGAAAGUCCGGGAGAAGCGGGAUGAAGAGUUAACAGUGAAAGGAGGACGUAAAGAGAUUGACAUCACCGAUGCAUCUCAUCCGAUUCAUGAGUUGGUCAGGGAGAGCUUGGCGGGACUGGGAACAUCAGAAAAUGGUGAUGUCUAUAGCUUGGUAAAGAUCAAUCGUGCUUCGCAACAAACAGUAGAAGGCUCGAUCUUCAGAGUGAAUCUCGAUGUAAAGGAUGCUGAUUCUAAAACUGUGACAUGCAACUUGGAAGUUUGGGAUAGACCGUGGUUAGACAACCCAAAGGAAACUAAGUUCGACUGCGAUAACUCUAAAAAGUACAAAUUCCGUCGAAGGAGAUCUGCAGAUGAAGUCACUCCAGUUUUAGUUGGAGGUCCUUCACGCAUUGAAAACUUUGAGAAUGACGAGAAAAUCAAGAGUCUCGUACAAAAUUCUCUAGUGUCCUUUAACGAAAAGGAAGGAAACAGUUACGAGCUCCAUCGAAUUGUUGGUGCAUCGCAUCAAGUCGUUGCGGGAAGUUUGUAUAAGAUCCAAGUUGAAUUCAAGAGGAAAGAACCUCAAGAAAUAGUUGAGUGUGAGUUGUCUAUAUGGGAAAGAUCUUGGUUGAAUAGUCGCGAAACAGAAGUUACUUGCAAUAAUGAUAAGAAAUACAAAUUCCGUAAGAGGAGAUCCGCAGACGAAUUACCGGUACUUGGAGGUCCAAGACCCAUCAAAAACUUUGAGAAUGACGAGAAAGUGAAGAGUCUCGUUCAAAAUUCUCUGGUGUCCUUCAACGAAAGGGAAGGGAACAAUUUCGAGCUACAUCGAAUUGUUGGUGCAACCCAUCAAGUUGUUGCUGGUAGUAUUUACAAGAUUCAAGUUGAGUUCAAGAGGAAAGAUCCUCAGGAGAUAGUUGAAUGUGAAUUGUCUGUUUUGGAAAAACUUGGGGAUGAUAAAAGCGAAACGGAAGUUUCGUGCAACAAUGACAAGAAAUACAAAUUCCGUAAGAGGAGAUCAGCAGAUGAAGUUAAGCCUGCCAAUCUACCAGUUUUUACGUUUGGGGGUGCAACACCCAUCGAAAACUUCGAGAAUGACGAGAAAGUGAAGAGUCUCGUUCAAAAUUCUCUGGUCUCCUUCAAUGAAAAAGAAGGAAACAAUUACGAGCUUCAUCGAAUUGUAAGUGCAACCUAUCAAGUAGUUGCUGGGAGUAUUUACAAGAUUCAGGUUGAGUUCAAGAGGAAAGAUCCUCAGGAGAUAGUUCAAUGUGAAUUGUCUGUUUUGGAAAAGCUUGGGGAUGACAAGAGCGAAACGGAUGUUUCGUGUAAUAACGACAAGAAAUACAAGUUUCGUAAGCGAAGAUCUGCAGAUGAAGUGCAGGCCAAACCUCCUGUACUUGGAGGUACAACACCUAUUGAGAACUUCGAGAAUGACGAGAAGGUGAAGACUCUCGUUCAGAAUUCUCUGGUUUCAUUCAACGAAAAGGAAGGAAACAGUUACGAGCUUCAUCGAAUUGUUGGUGCAACACAUCAAGUCGUUGCGGGAAGUUUGUAUAAGAUCCAGGUUGAGUUCAAGAGGAAUGAACCUCAUGUAAUAGUUGAGUGUGAGUUGUCUAUAUGGGAAAGAUCUUGGUUGAAUAGUCGUGAAACAGAAGUUACGUGCAACAAUGACAAGAAAUACAAAUUCCGUAAGAGGAGAUCUGCAGAUGAAGUCACUCCAGGCUUAGUUGGAGGUCCUUCACGCAUUGAGAACUUCGAGAAUGACGAGAAAGUGAAGACUCUCGUUCAAAAUUCUCUGGUCUCCUUCAAUGAAAAGGAAGGAAACAGUUAUGAGCUCCAUCGAAUCGUUGGUGCAACCCAUCAAGUCGUUGCGGGAAGUUUAUACAAGAUCCAGGUUGAGUUCAAGAGGAAAGAUCCUCAAGAAAUAGUUGAGUGUGAGUUGUCUAUAUGGGAAAGGUCUUGGAUGAAUAGUCGCGAAACAGAAGUUACGUGCAACAAUGACAAGAAAUAUAAAUUCCGUAAGAGGAGAUCUGCAGAUGAGGUUUCGUUCACACCAGGUGCACCUGGAAGUCCAAGACCCAUCGAAAACUUUGAGAAUGACGAGAAAGUAAAAGGUCUCGUUCAAAAUUCUCUGGUGUCCUUCAAUGAAAAGGAAGGAAACAGUUACGAGCUCCAUCGAAUUGUAGGUGCAACCCAUCAAGUUGUUGCGGGAAGUUUAUACAAGAUCCAGGUUGAGUUCAAGAGGAAGGAUCCUCAUGAAAUAGUUGAAUGUGAGCUUUCGGUGUAUGAAAGGUCUUGGGAGCAAAAAAGUGAGACGGAUGUUUCGUGUAAUAACGACAAGAAGUAUAAAUUUCGUUCAAAGCGUUCCCUGAUCUACGAUCACAGACGAAGGACUGAGGAUUAUGAAGAAGAAGAGAAACGUCUGAUGCAUCAGCGUGAGACUUUGGCUCACCAUGAGGAGCUCUUUCACAAAUUCCAACUGAAAUUCAGUCGAGCCUAUCACUCUUCCAUGGAGAAGUCUCUGCGUUUCCGUAUCUUCCAGAACAAUCUGGCUAAGAUUCAGAUGCUCAAUGAACGCGAAAUGGGAACGGCUAAGUAUGGCGUAACGGAGUUUGCCGAUCUCACGCCAACGGAGUAUCGUUUGAGAACGGGCCUAUGGAAGAGGAAUCUCGAUGAGAAUCAUAUUUCCAAUCCCAUUGCUGAGAUUCCUAAUUUCAAACUGCCGAAGAGCUUUGAUUGGCGCGAUAAGAAUGUGGUGAGUGAGGUGAAGAAUCAAGGCAACUGCGGUUCAUGCUGGGCGUUCUCAGUAACGGGCAACAUUGAAGGCCUUCAUGCCAUCAAAACGGGACAGUUGGAGGAAUAUUCGGAGCAGGAACUCUUGGAUUGCGAUGCAAUUGACGGAGGAUGCGCUGGAGGACUUCCUGACAAUGCAUACAAAGCAAUUGAGGAACUGGGCGGCCUCGAACUGGAAUCUGACUAUCCAUAUCGGGCCCGGAAGAGCGAAUGCGUCUUCAACAAAACGAUGAGUCACGUGAAGGUUAGUGGAGCUGUGGAUUUUCCCAAAAAUGAAACAGCCAUGCAACUGUGGCUGGUGCAGAAUGGACCCAUUUCCAUUGGGAUCAAUGCCAAUGCCAUGCAGUUCUAUCGGGGCGGAGUUUCUCAUCCUUGGCGUCCUCUCUGUCGUCACAGUGGCAUCGAUCAUGGGGUCUUGAUUGUUGGAUACGGAGUCGCUGAGUAUCCGUUGUUCAACAAAACCCUUCCCUACUGGAUUGUGAAGAAUUCCUGGGGCCCCAAAUGGGGCGAACAGGGCUACUACCGAGUCUUCCGGGGUGACAAUACUUGCGGAAUCAAUUCCAUGGCCAGCUCAGCUGUUUUGGCUUAAGUCGAGAUUCUCAGGAAUGACAAGAAUACUCAAGAAUCUUCUAAAAUGUAGCAGAAGCAUAGAGAUUUGUUUUUAUUUCUAUUUUUUUUUGCAAUUCUGCAAGAAGAAAAUUACCAUGAAAUUUUGUAACGGAAAACAUUUCAAAUAAACUAUGACGUUUGAA